GUUCCUGUUUAGUACGUAGCUAAGAAGUGCGCACGUAUUUUGGGUGUUUCUUAGGGUGUGUUCGAGUUUUGAAAAUAAACGCGGAGAACUACCAGUUAAAGAGUUGGACCGUGUUAAUCAGAGACUCCUCCUCAGGAGGAGUGGACACAGGUGUUAGGAGUCAAUAUCUGUUGUAUGGAAAGCGUAGUGUUUUGGAGUUUAUAAAAAUGGAAAUGCUACAGACAGAGGCGGGAGUUAAACUAAAUUCUGGCUGGCAGCUAAAGCAGUAGUGUUCGGUUCUUUUUAGUUUUUGUAUUUUUUUUUUUUCCUUUAACAACUCACCACGUCCUGGAAGUCACACCAACAGCUCCAGGGCAGAUGGAGCCAAUCCCAGCCCACAGGAGGGUUCCAGCCUGGAUGCGUCACCGCGGCCAACAUGUCAAGACCCUGCAACUAUCCACAGUCUGUCGUAAACACAGCAUUUGGAACCAAGAGGACCAUUUGUUACUGCAGUCACAAUGCUUCAUCCUGGACCAUGUCACUCAUCUCAUCCAGAUGACUCUUGAUGACUAUGAUUUAUUUCCUUCUCCAUUCAUGUGACGUCUGCAGCGUCUGUGUUCAGUAAGAGAGGGGGAGUGAGUGUGUGUCUAUUGUAGGUCUCCUGGUUAAUGUCGGAUGAGCUUCAGCCACAACUGUCACAACCUGCCGCUCUGUCAUUGUCGCCACUUUUGCGUCAGCGGCGUCGAGUGCGCACAAUGUCACCGCUGAGGACGCGCAGUCGCCGGUGAGUCAGUGUGGACCAUCCAGCCUGUUAGAGUGGAGGUGACCGCACCUUGCAUCCAGCCAUGGGAGGUCAGAUCACCAGAAACACGAUCUACGACUCUCUGAACGGACCAUUUCCUGCCACAUCCCAGCGAUGCCACUACAAGCCCAAGCCCUGCCUGCCCUUACCACCGUGUGCAAACGUGUCCUCUAUCCCUCUUCUGUUCCACCCCAGCACCAAGGGCUCACAAAUCAUUAUGGACACGUCCCAGAGGACAGUCAAGAGACAGGGCAGCUUCUGUAACGCCAUUACCUUCAGCAACAGACCUAUUGCUGUGUAUGAGCAAGUUCGAUUGAAGAUCACUAAAAAGCAGUCGUGCUGGAGCGGCGCCCUGCGUCUUGGAUUCACAUGCAAAGACCCCUCCAGGAUUAACCCAGAUACCCUGCCCAAGUACGCCUGCCCCGACCUGGUCUCCCAAAGCGGCUUCUGGGCCAAAGCUCUGCCUGAAGAGCUCUCCAACGAGGGAAACGUUAUCAACUUCUGGGUGGACAAGAAAGGACGGGUGUUUUACCGGAUCAACGACUUGAGCCCCGUCUUAUUUUUCAGCGGCGUGCACGUCACCGAGUCUCUGUGGGCGCUGAUAGAUGUCUACGGCCUCACCAGAGGAGUCCAGCUGCUGGACAGUGAGAUGCUCCCUGUGGAAUGUCUCCGUCCUCGUUCUUUCGCAACCACCCACCAGGCCUCCAUCCGGCGAGGCAGAGACGACCCUCACCUCUCCAUCAGCCUGUGCGACAUGAGCCUGCAGCAGCAGGAGAUGCAUGUGGAUGAAGUUAACGAGGAAGACGAAGAUGAACCUCUACAGCCCUUCAGCUUCACCUCCUGCCACGUGCCCCAGAACUCUCAGAACUCGCAGCAGUGUUCGCUACUGCCGACUCAUUUGGACACUGAGCUUCACUUCCACUCAGUGCACGGCAGCCAUGUUACCGUGCUGGAUAAGCACACGGUUGCGCGGCUGGAUCACCGCGGCGACGAGAGAACCUUGGUGCUCACGAACCGUCCGAUCCACACCGCGGAGACGGUGUUUUUGAAGCUGAAGGCGACCGUCCCAAGGUCUGCUUGCCUUUCUUAUGGAGUGACUUCCUGUGACCCAGCCACCCUGAGGCCCAGUGACCUCCCAGCCAACCCAGAGUCUCUGGUUGACCGCAAGGAAUUCUGGGCUGUUUGUCGUGUGGCAGUGCCACUCCACAGUGGAGAUAUCCUUGGUUUUCUGGUGAACGCCAACGGUGAACUCAUAAUGACCCAUAACGGUGUCAACGCUGGGAUGCAGCUGUGUGUUGAUAACUCCAGACCCCUGUGGAUGUUUUAUGGACUGCAUGGCACCGUCACACAACUCAGGAUAUUAGGCUCUUCUCAGCACCCAGACAUCCGAGGACUGUCUGCGCCCAACUCGCCAUCAUGCAAUGCCAGCACCUUUACAACGCAUUGCAGUGGCAACUCAGAGCCUGUCCUUGACAUGCCGUUGAACAUCAACCUCAAUUCAAGCUUCAGCUCCAGCUAUCACGCAGUCAUUUCUCCCCCUACAGAGACGACGCCGUCCUCUCCGUUCUCCAGCCAGUCGGAGUCCCUCACCUUGUCUUCGUGCUCGUGGGGUGACGACUGCACCAUUUGCUACGAGAACGCGGUGGACACCGUCCUCUACGCCUGUGGACACAUGUGUCUCUGCUACUCCUGUGGCCUCAAACUCAAGAAAAUGUCUAACGCUUGUUGUCCCAUUUGCAGGAGAACAAUCAGAGACAUCAUUAAGAUCUACAGGAAUGUAUGAGUCUGUGACAAAGCAUGGUUGUUCUCAUUGGCAGUCGUUAAUUGGUUGUAUAUGUCAUCAAAUUGCCGGAGAGUUUUAGGUGGGAAUUUCCUCCAGCAACCUCAAAGUUGGCAAACUGUUCAAACCCAAAGGAAAAUCAAAAGGCUAAAGGAGUGGGGGUGGGGCUGGAUCAGCUCAUCUCUGAGCAUGAGUGUUGACUGUCUCUUGAAUGACUUAACUCUCUUAAUGGAAAUGAGAACAACCCCACCUACUGCCCAUUUGCAUUUACUGCAUUGCCACAUUUGACUGAUUUUUUGUUACUGCAACUUCAUGCAGUUGCUGAUGGUUCCGUCAGAGGGUCCUCGACUUACAUCGGGGUUCAGUUCGUAGCGGUGAUGUAAAUCUGAAUGAACAUUUAAUUACAUAUUGCAAAAUAUGUAGGAAAAUGGAAACUGUUAGGCCGGGAAACUAUUGAUUUUACCUGGAGUUAGUGACAGGGGGCAGCAAUUUUGGACCUGCGGGCCACAAUUGUCCUAAAAUUGAACGGGGGGGCCGGGUCAGGAGCAGAUAGAUGGAGAGUUCAUGUAAACUUAGAUAAAUGACAUGUAAAAGUCAUGCAUAAAGGAUAAAAUGCUAAAAUG